ACACUGUAAACAGGGUUAACGCCAGGCCAGACUCUAAUUUUAGAUUAGCCUGCAUCUUUGCCACGACCGCUGUUUAUAAAGUGUGGACAAGAGCUCCUCUCCAUAUUGUCUCCACGACGUAACGAUAAACACAAUGAUAGUGAGUUUUACAUCUGUUCCCUUGCUCCUUGGUUUCAUAAUUUCAUGUUUGAGGCAUCUAUGUUUUUGUAUAUGGGUAGAAUUUUCACCUUUCUUAAAUGGGUGCUUAUACUGUAUAUACAUACAAUCCAUAGUUAGAUCAUAACAUCUCUAAUACACAGAGAUUAUAAAGUAACUAUUGCAACUAACAAUUUGUAUUGAUAUUGAAGUUACUUUUACACCCGGGGAAAUGACAAUACAUUCUGCGCACGAAUUAUCCUCAUCACUGACGCUAACCACACUCCAAAUAAUUUAGAAAAAUCAUUGUAAUGUAAUGAGUCAGUGAUAUUGUAACUCUAAGGACAGCAAUUAAAGACUAAUUGUUAAAUUGAGUUAAACUACUAAGGAUAAAGGUAAUCGGGUAAUCGACACUUAAUUAGAACAGGAAAUGGGAGUAUAUUUUGAAAUUAUAGUUUGGGUAAGAAAAAGAAACUUUGUAUCUGAAUGCAGAAGUACCAGAGUCAGUAAAGAAUAAUUGCAAUCUUGCUCAAUUAAGCCCGCCCCAGGCAUUACAGCUAAGAGCCCAAGCAAAGUAAGGAGUUUAAACUGCAGAAUAUUUGCCACAAAGAGCCCUCCGUGCUUCCCAUUGUGUUGGGGAAUUAACACCUUUUCAAAGUUAAAUCCAAGGAUUGUCUAGCUGCUCCAGGAGGUGGUAUUAAAAUGGGCUUAUAACAAAUGGUUAAGGAUUUUAGGACAGCGUUUCUCCAAUGGGCGGAGCAAAGAGGAAUGGCACUACAAUUAAAGAUGAACUUUGUGUGAACUAAUUUAUCUGACCAAGGUAACAGGAGGCCGAGACCUGGAAACGAGUAUAAAAGGGGGUAUAAGCAUUGAGACUCACCAGUCGAGAGAAACGCCUUAGAGAAUCUUUGACCUAAAAGAGAACUGUCGGACUCCAUCACAUUGUAGUCCCAGGACGCAACGUCAAUAUGGUUUUGUAUACAUUAUUCGCAACGGUUCUCUGCACUCUUGUGCUCCCCGUGUUGCUGUUUUUAGCCGCCGUAAAGCUCUGGGAAAUUUACAUUGUAAGCGGACGGGAUCCCAGUUGUCGGAGCCCCCUUCCUCCAGGUACCAUGGGUUUGCCGUUCCUUGGCGAGACUCUCCACAUGGUCCUUCAGAGAAGGAAAUUCCUGCAGAUGAAACGCCAGAAGUAUGGAUUUAUCUACAAGACCCAUCUCUUCGGCAGCCCUACGGUGCGGGUAAUGGGCGCUGAAAACGUGAGGCAGAUUUUGCUGGGUGAACAUAAACUUGUCGCCGUUCAGUGGCCAGCGUCAGUGAGAACCAUCCUUGGUUCAGACACCCUCUCCAAUCUACACGGCGCGCAGCACAAGAGCAAGAAAAAGGCGGUCAUGAAAGCUUUUUCCAGGGACGCCCUGGAGCAUUACAUCCCAGUAAUUGAAGAAGAGGUGAGGUGCGCUGUGACGACCUGGCUCCAAAGCGACUCCUGCGUGCUGGUCUACCCCGAAAUGAAGCGGCUCAUGUUCCGCAUCGCGAUGAGGCUCCUGCUUGGCUUUGAGCCUGAACAAACGAAGUCCGACGAACAGGAGCUGGUGGAAGCAUUCGAGGAGAUGAUAAAGAAUCUAUUCUCCCUCCCGAUCGAUGUGCCCUUCAGCGGCUUGUACCGGGGUCUAAAGGCUCGCAAUUUUAUCCAUUCCAAAAUUGAAGAAAAUAUAAAGAACAAGAUCUCAAAGCCUGCCGACGAGAGGCACCACAAAGACGCCUUGCAGCUGUUGAUAGAAAACUGCAGGAAAAACGGAGAGCCGCUCAAUAUGCAGGAGAUUAAAGAAUCCGCAACCGAAUUGUUAUUUGGAGGUCAUGAGACCACCGCCAGUACAGCAACAUCGCUAGUGACGUUCCUCGGUUUGCAUCAGGAUGUAGUGCAGCGCAUGAGACAGGAGCUCUACGCGAAGGGAUUGCUGGGAGCCAAUUCUCAAGACAAAUCGCUGAACAUCGAGACUCUGGAACAACUGAAAUACAUCGGAUGCGUCAUCAAAGAAACACUGCGGAUAAACCCCUCGGUGCCUGGUGGUUUUCGCGUGGCUCUCAAAACAUUUGAGCUGAAUGGCUACCAGAUCCCGAAGGGGUGGAAUGUCAUUUACAGCAUAUGUGACACACAUGAUGUCGCGGAGGUGUUCCCUAAUAAAGAGGAGUUUCACCCUGAGCGCUUUAUGUCUAGAGCUCCUGAGGACACACCUGGGUACAACUACAUACCUUUCGGCGGAGGCUCUAGGAGGUGUGUGGGCAAGGAGUUUGCAAAAAUACUCCUCAAGAUCUUUUUAAUAGAGCUGACCACGAAAUGCAACUGGACACUUCUGAAUGGCCCCCCUACCAUGAAAACAGGCCCAACUGUGUAUCCAGUGGACAAUCUACCCACAAAGUUCAGCAAAUUUGUUGACAACUACAACUAAUUCACACACAAGGAAGAGAAAGAACCUAUAGCAUUUAAUUUGUAAAUAGCCUGUUUCAUUAUUAAUUUUAGGAGAAAUGUUUUACAUUUUAUAUUUGACUUGUAUAUUUUUUAAUACAAUAGAUAUUUAUACGAGACCCUUAAUAUUUUUGUAAAGAAAAAACACUUUGCAAGCACUAUAUGUGGAUCCUAGUGAUUCAUUAAAGCUGAUAACUUUUAUUUAAAGUGAGUUAAACAAAUAUGUACAUAUCGUUAUUUUAGUCAUUUCUAAAGCAGUUUAUUUAAACUAAAUAAGUUACUGUAUGGGAUCUAUUUAAAUAAUUAUUUUUGGACAGACGUUGAGAAAUAUUACUGGAAACCUUUAUAGGUUAUAUGUGAGACUUUUGGGGCAAAAUGUCACUCAUUGGAAAAACAGAAAUGUGGUACUACUUUUAAAUAAAAGUGCAGAUUUCUAUAUUU